AUUUUCGGCCUGACGAGGGGGAGCGCGCAUGCGUAUAGCGGCGCCCGCACCCUGACUAGGGCCGGGACCUCAGCAAGUGUGAUGUCAAAAAACACGUUAUUCUUUCCCCUCAUUCCAGUAACCCAGUACGUCUUAAUAAAAGGGAUUAUUCAUAAAUGCUGGCUUCCCUUUUAAACGAACUACAUUUACACGUUUAUAUGCAGUCGCGUUCGGUGCAGUGACUGUGAUACGCCUAUCCGGAUAAGCUUUUGAUAGCAGUGAUAAAAAUUGCAUAUACUUUCUUUCAUUCACAGCUAGUGCGGAUAUUUGCGGUUAUUUCUAGUAUACGUACGAUAAAACUAUGUAAUGAACCAUUCAGACUAUGUGAUAUCUAGAUGUGAUAAUGUGGGUGUUGUGAUAGUGUCAUUGAGCGGGCACACCGGCGACCUAAGCACAAUGGGAUGACCGGAAAUACGGAUUCAUGGAAAAGGUUUGGCGUCGAGUUGGUCUCCAUUCCUCCCGCAAGAAGAGGGAUGGAAGCGGAACGAGCCAGGAAGUGACGUCAUCCGCUCCACCUGAGGCCGAGUAUCAGAACAUACAUACGCUGAGAACAGCUGAUUUGAUAAGACAAAGACAGGGGGACGAGAAGUCGACGCUGCGUUCUUCUUACAUUAUAAGGAACGGGGAUAAUUUUAUUCUUGUGGAGAGAAGGCGUAGGCGGCGCCGCAGAAGUGGUACCAGGGCUUCAUCGGGCAGCAGGCACCAUACGCCCCCGGUGGAGGAGACUCGCGAGACACGCACGGAGCAGAAGCGACGGCCUCCGGCUCGGCUGAAGAUCUUUGGUAUUCAAUGGCCAUUGCAUUCUAGUGACUCCAGACACACAUCGAUCACCCGGCGGUUCUGCCGCGGCCGCCGCUCCCGCGACGACAACGAGCUCUACCGCUCUAACAGCUUCAAGUUCGAGCGGUUCACGCGCGAGCAGCCGGCGGAUGAGUUCGCUUCUCAGGCCGCCCUUUGCGCUGACUACAGCGUGCCGGCAGACUGCAUAGCCGGACCCGCUCCCCGACCUAGCUCCUUCCAUGAAAUAUCUGCACCUAAAGUUGAGUUUAUAGAGGCGUACUGCACGCCUCGCGACACAGCGCGCCGGUCGCCUCAGCGCAACCGCCGUUCACGCGAACAACGCCGUUCCCCCGACUCCGCCAGAUGGCGCUACGACACACGCCGUAGCAACUACGACUUCGACUCGUGCCGUCGUCCCUACGACUACGAAUCCGGACGACGAUACCCUGGCAGAGAAUUCGACGGGGACUCCGGCAGACGCGUAGAAUUUGACGCGGAGUCAGCUCGAAGACGGGCUGACUACGAAUCGGCUAGGCGGACAGACUUUGAUUUGUCGGCUCCUGGCGUGUCCAGGAGAAGCCCUGAGAGCGCGCCAGAAGGCUCAGCCGAGUCACCGCCAGAGCCGGCCCCGUCGGCGCCGCUGAGACACGAGCGACAGCCCAGACAUCGCUCACAACCUUACUACGAAUCUGAAUCAACAUCCGAAGAUCCUUCGUCAUCGACGGACGGAGAGGAAGACGAAUUCGGUGAAUUCGAUCCUUUCGCAACAGCGCCAUCUCUGCAUUCUCCCGAUAGCGGUCGCUCGGACCCGAGAUACGCUAACGCGCCGCGUAGGAACCCUAGUCCUUAUUACUACGGCGACCUGUUCAAAACGUCUGCUCCUCCGCAACCGGCACCGUCUGCCCCAACGGCGUCCACAACUUCUUCAUCACGCGGCCCGCGGUAUAGAAAAUCCGCCAGCCUAGACGCCCCGCACGUCGCUGCGCGCCCUAAUUUGCCCAAGCGAUUCUCUGUCGCUGAGGAUGGCUUUCGUGAGCUAGAGCGGUCAUCAUCUUCGUCGGGUGAGAGCGCGUGGAUGCCGCCAAGGCGCCGUGGGCGUGACGCGGCCGGCUGCGUGUGCGCCGCGCCUGAAGAUGUAGAGGAGCACCGACCUUCUCGUAGCGUCUUUUACGUGCCGGCGCCGCUGCCACGCUGGCCGCAAGAGAUGAGCACCCGCCAAAUUUACGAAACAGCGUUUGACUGUAAAAUCGCACGCUCAGACGAUGACUUGGACGAUUUUGAUCGCGUCAGCAACCAUCCUGCACUUUUACAAGCUGAGGACAGGAAAGUCAUAUCUUCCGCAUCGUCCGCCUUUGAGGCUGUAGAACGUGGUGAACCAGAUUAUAAAGGCCGCCGAAAAGUUACAAUGAAAACUGAUAGUGUCCGUCGAUCAAAGAUUCCCACUAUCCGUCAGAAAAGAGAAAACGAAAGCAAUGCGUCAGCUUUGUCUGAGGAGCUUGAAAAAAUACACAUUGAUGAGGAAGACCGCAACGCUUCAACUUCUCAAUUACCACUACGUGGUUACACGCCGUCACCUCCGUCAACCGCUCCCCUGCCUACAAAAUUUCAGCAAAAAGACGGCUCUGCCAUGAAUAGCAUCAAAAGUGCCCCAAACUUGCCGCAGUCGCAACCAGCGCAUCCGCGACUGAAGGACUUACGGUUACCUGUUAAAUCUUUAAGAGCAAGAGAAACACCAACAAGCAGCGACGCUAGCAUGGUCGAUUUAAAGGGUUCUGCGUCCACUGAACUGGACGCUGCGCAACGUUUAACCGCUGGUCGCGAAUCUCGCGACACUGAUGACGAGAGGGGGCAAUCGAAGGACGGUAUUUUUUUAGAGAUUAAGGGCCGACCCACUUCCGAUUCUGACACACCAGAACUGAAUCGACAUACGGGGCCAAAGGGGGUCGGUCCUAUAAUGGAAUUCAAAGGCAGGCCCGGGGCUCCACGUCCGAGGCGCAAAUACUCAAGCACCGAAAGUAUGGCAACUAGCAGUAGCGGCGGAAGUAUGGAAUCCCUUAGGAGUAGCACUAGCGAGGACAGGAGCAGUAGUAGUUCAGAAAGUCGACGGUCGUCUUCUCUAAGUUCACAUAGUUCAGAUUCCGGUAAUGUCCCAUUUACAAAAUCGCAUCAUAUGCAACUGUCGGGGUUUGGACAUCACACUAACAAACUUCAUAUUCUUAGUCCUAUAUCGGACAAAUCAUCGCAAGAACCUGCGUCCGAAACUUCCGAUAACAAUAGAAACAACAACUCUCAAAAAGUAUCUCCUGAGGACGUCGAAACUGGAAAUACAAUACAGACGACUGUUGAAAUUGUAGCAAAGCCUAAAAGGCGUGCACUACAAAACCGGAAUCUACUAAAUCUUACUUUCCGACAUUCGACAACGGCCGGUGACGCCGAAAUACAAGGAUCUGAUAGUGGUAUAUCAAUUCACUCCCGAGAAGGUGUCGACUCAAGAAACACAUUUAUCAACUUCAAGAACAGUAAUACUGAAGAAGAGCGUAAAGAUCCGGACCAAGAUCUUUCUGAUCUUCCAUUCGACAUGCCGAAGUUAAGAAGACGACGAGCUGAAGCUGAAGCUGAUCUCAGAACGCUGCCUUUUGAUAUGCCCAAAUUACGCCGCAAAUUGCGAGGACAAUCGCUGCAGCUAAACAAUGACUUUGGAAAUGUCAUUUCAAAUGCAUCUUCCAGCCAAAGCGUCCAGGACUUAAAUCUAGGUAACAAGCAUAAAGACAAAUUGACGUUGAACUUUGAUAGUGGAAGUGGUUCCGGCAGUUCUAAGGGGUUGCAUCUGAACCUAGGACCCAUCAUUCCACCGAGGGAUCUUGUCGACGCAACGCUACCGCUUGAUAGACAAGGGUGGUAUCACGGGACGCUAACGCGCGUCGAAGCAGAAAGUUUGCUAAGGAAUGCAGAUGAAGGUGCUUUCCUAGUUCGAAACAGCGAAUCUGCAAAACACGACUAUUCGUUAAGUUUAAAGUCAACACGUGGUUUCAUGCAUAUGCGAAUCUGCCGUAAUACCGAGGGGUACACCUUGGGCGGCGCAACCACGGCUUUCCCCACCGUCCCUGCCCUGAUGCGUCACUACGUCACCGCACAAAGACUGCCAGUGAGAGGGGCGGAGCACAUGGCCUUAUCCACACCUUUACCCGCUGUUCUACUGUGAGCAUGUCACUUCGACUUUUGGGAACUAAAAAAGCUGUGAAAAAACUUCGAGGAUAAUCAAGAGGGAUUAUUAAGAAGUUACCCUGAUCUGACGGAAUCAGAUACGAGAGGAUAUUUUAGUAUUCCUAAACCUUUACGUUUUGAUUGCCGUAGCAAGAAGCACAAUGCUAUUUAAUGUAUUUUUAAGAUAAAAGGACCCAGUGAAAAUUACCAAAGAAUUAGAUUGUAAUUAUAAAGAUCAUUUGCUAUGGCAAAAAUGCUUCAUGUAUAAUUGAUGCCCAGAAUUGUGUAGUCUGCGCUAUGAAAGAAGUUUCGAGAGACGGUUGUUUCUUUGAUUGCACAUACUACAGCUGUAUUCUGCGUCUCAGUAGCACUGCUAUUAUGCUAGUCCCAUAUCGCGGCAACUUGUACAAAGAAUAUUAUAAUUAUUUAUUCACAUAUUAAUCAGACAGCAUUAUUUCAAUAUGUAACGAAAUAGUUACUUUUGUUUAUUACGCUAUGUAUCAGUUAACUUAAGCAUAUAUAAUUUAGCUAUUCGAUAAACGAUUGACGCAAGCAAUGAUUAUUGAUAACCUUACAAUAGUAAAAAUAUGUUAUGCUAUAACCGUAUUAUUCGACAGCUAUUUACGCAAUUAUACUGUAUACAACUAUUUAUUGAUUCAACGCUAUAAUAAGUGCAGCCCUAGUAGCACGGUCGCAUUUUUAUCACUUGUCACCAUGCCUGUCACGUUCUAACAAGUAUGUAAGUGCGAAAGUGACGGGCAUAGUGAUAGUCGAUAAAAAUGGAACCAUGCUGAGCCCGCUGUUAUGUAUAUAAUUAUCGAUAUUUACUUAUAUUUUAAUCAAGGCCUAAAACUGAAUAAUAAUAUCCGUUUGCAAAGAAACUCCGCAUUUUAAUGGAAAUAUACCAUUUAAAUAUGUAAGAGAAGGUGUGUGCGUGUAUUUUUUAUGUUAUACCUAAUGUUGUAUUUUCUUAUACAUAUAAGAAGGUCAAUAUUAAACGAUCAGUGUGUCUGUAGUAGAUCGUACGUGCGGAUAACAAGUUCCGCAAUCUUGUUUGUUGAUGCCAGGUUGAAAACGAUGAUAACUGGUGUAAUUGGUGACUGUUAGUAGAAGCCAAAGUAGGCACUAAAACUUAGUAUUAUUUCGUGGGCUUUUUCAAUGGAAGUUUAUGCUUUUGGCUGCCUCAAUUUUUAUUCCAGUAUGACUGAUACCUACAUAUUGAUAGGGACUCGCGAAAAUGCAUUUCUUUGUGAAUCAGAACUGUAUUGUAAGGAUUUUAUUUAAUAGUAAGCUUACGCCAGUGUAAUGUAACGGCACUUAAAUUCUGUAUUUACUAUAGAAAAGAUUGCACGUGUUAUGUAACUUUCACAUUGACUUAUUUAAUAUUUUUGUUAAGGAUUAGAUUUAAGUAGAUUAUGGCAAAAUGGGGCCCUUGAAUGAUUCACGGUAUAAACCCGAUCAUGGAACGCCAUCAGCCACGGGUAUGACCUGGCGUGUAGUAUAGUGGAUUCAGUAGACGCCAUGUUAAAACUUAUUUCUGUGAUUUUGAUACAAGUAAAGCCAAAAAAUGUUGCAUGUUUAGUUAAAUACAGCUCUUAAUAUUUAUUUUUUAAUUUAAUCCUUUAUUCAGUCGCUAACAAAACAAUUGAAAAACGUAAUUUACGAUCACAGUUUUCUUCUAUAUUUUUUUUUGCUAUGAAACCGUGUGUUGGGUUCUUUAUGUGGUUAGUGACUGUCAAAUUGAUGAAAAUCAAAACGAUCUCAUAUUCUUCCUCUUAAUGCUUCAGUUACCUUAGACUUAAUUUAUUUAAUUUGUACCUGAUUUUGAAAUAAUAUACGUUGUUUGAAACUUAAAUUACGUUUUUAACAGAUUUAUUUUGUUAUAAUUAAUGGUUUACUUAUAGCUAUAGUAAUAGUAGUACUAAUCAGUAGUUUUGUAUGGGAACGAGCGAAUUUCGAUGUAUGUGAGACAGUUUUACACGAUAUAUGUACGUAAGCAUUAAACCACCGCAGCGCAGCUUAUGCAAGCGUGCAACUAAUUUUACCUAAAUAGAUUUUAAUCAUAGUUAAUAAGUAAGCCUAGCAUACCAUGGGUCGGAAGCUAUCUUAACUUAGAUGUUUUUCUUAGAAACGAAAAUUAAUGACUUACCUAACUAUUAUUAUAGAAAAAUAAAUAAGAUUUCCUAGCUCCCCUCAUGGUUAUUGUUAGCUCUCAAAUAUUAUGUAGUAAACGCAUAAUGGACGAUAGGAUAGUAAUAUAUUGUUAAAUUCUAAAUUUCUAAAAUUUUGAAAACGUGUCAAAUUUUUUUUUUUCAAAAAUGAGGAUGUAGGUCCGGAUCAAAAGUUAGGUAAAAAUUAUAGCUUAACGUAGUUAUAAUCAAUUGUAAUUUUGAAAAUGUAGUUUGAAAUUGAUGAAAUAAAUUCCUUAAAAAAUA